GACCAACACCCAGACAUCAAUCCAGUAAGAAUUCCGCGCGCCAACCAUUCCCUUCGACCACGUAAAUAAUUCUAAUCACGGUUCCUUAUUCAGAAAUGUCGUCGAAAGGAAAGAAGCCCGCCACCAAGUCGGCCAUCGAGCAGGUCGUGUCCCGCGAGUACACCAUCCACCUCCACAAGAGACUGCAUGGUGUGACUUUCAAGAAGCGGGCUCCUCGGGCCAUCAAGGAGAUCAAGGAGUUUGCGCAGAAGGCUAUGCAAACCUCCGACGUCCGCCUCGACCCUCAACUGAACAAGAAGGUCUGGGAGCAAGGUGUCAAGGGUGUUCCGUACAGAAUCCGUGUCCGAAUUAGCCGAAGACGAAACGACGAAGAGGAUGCCAAGGAGAAGCUCUACAGCUACGUUCAAGCCGUCAACGUUAAGAACCCCAAGGGUCUGGUGACGGCCGUGGUCGAGGAGUAAGGGAAGGCAAAGGAAAAACAUCGUUUCGUUGAGAUACCGGCUGGGUUCAAGAAGGGCAUGGUUUCGGAGUUACCUUCUGGCUUCAUGACAUUAAGAUAAGAUUCACUAGUUGAUGAAUCAAGAACCGUGAACAAUAUUUACUUAUUUUGUGACCCUCCCGCUCGAUACUUGGAGAUGCUAUGAUAGCAUUUGCGAAUGGUUUUCUCACGUUAUACGAGCACAUCAUGAUGCAUCAAUCCAUUAUCAAUUGUUAGCAAUCGUUAGCAAUUUGUGCAAUACUGCCGCAUGUCAUGUUGUAAGGAAGUGCUAUCUCCAGCCUGGAACUACCUGUAAAUGCAAUGCAUACGAGAAGCUGAGACAGCUGAGCCUCGUUGCACGAACCGUGCAAGAGCUGACUCCGUUCUCCAUGUUGGUUGACCCUCAACCACCCAGAUAUAUGAAAACUUGAGGAACGAAGGGUAUAAUAAAGACCAUCUAAUCGUCGUCUACAUCACGAUGACGACCCAGCACUUUCCUCUUGAAUUCCUCCGCAUCCUUGUCCCAUAAUUCCGCAGCCUCGCCAUUUAAUGGGGAAGAGCUACAAUUAAGUUA